AUUUUCCACAACAUUUUGCCUACGUGCAACAGAUGGUCGGUCUCAGACUUGUUUUCAAGAAUAAUAACUAGAUAACAACAAUGAAGAUUGUAGUUGUCCUGGCAUUGAUUGGAUUAGCCGCAGCAAGUGACUGGGGCUGCACAAAAGAUGGCGGAACAUGCCAAGAUUAUAGAAAUGCUGUUUGCACCGCUGGAUAUGAAACGGGACUUUGUGAUGGAGAUUCAAACAGACGAUGUUGCUUGCAAUGCAGCGCAUCAUGUGCCAGCAGUGAAGCAAUGUACUCACAAAACGACGGAGAAUGCGAUACCGCUGGUGGUGAUUGCCACCACAACAGCAAUUACUGCGACGGAACUUAUUACAAUGGAAAAUGUGGCGGACCAUCUGAGAGACAAUGCUGCGUGUCGUCUGGCGGUGGUGGUUUAAUAGGCGGUGGAAUUGGAUGCUCAAGCACUAAAUAUGGCAACAUUAGAAACGUUGACACAACAGGUGCAUCUUACGCAACAGCUUCUCAAGAUGGUUUAUCUGGGGGAGUUUCUUCAUCACAUAAGAUGGCACAAAAUGACAAGAACGCGAUGCUUCAGUAUAAAAGUUUAAUUCAAACAGCAGCCAACGAUUUGUGCAUGGACGCAGCUGUGAUUGCAGGAAUAAUCAGUCGCGAAACUCGAGCUGGAAAGGUCCUUGGAUCAGAUGGCUUUGGGUAUGACGGACACGGAUAUGGUCUUAUGCAGGUUGACGAUCGCUAUCACACACUGCAAGGAGGACCGUAUUCGUUGGCUCACAUUAAACAGGGAACAGGAAUUCUCAUUGAUAUGAUCAAUGGUGUGAAGAAUAAGCAUCCGUCUUGGAGCCAAGACAUGGCCCUGAAAGGUGGAAUCAGUGCUUACAACGCAGGCGUUUCGAAUGUCGAUUCGUACAAUAACAUGGACGUCGGCACCACUGGAAAUGAUUAUGCAAACGAUGUAGUUGCUAGAUCCCAAUGGUACGAUGAUAAUGGCUACUGAGGAAUAAUGUUGUAGAUCACUAAUAUUUUUGUUUAAUUUUUAAUAAUUUCAUGAUCAGUUAAUCUCUCAUAAAAAAUAAAAUAAAUCCAUCAAUAUA